CUUAAUAAUGUUUAAUCAAACUAAUAAUAUUUUCAAUUUGAAAAUAAAUAAUUUUUAUAAAAAGAGUUUAAAAAUUAAUUUGUUCCAAGCUCUAACUAAAAUUAUUUAUUAAUUUAAUAAGCAAACAUUAAAUCAAACUGAUAAUUAAAGUAAAACUCUAAUUAAACUUUUACAUUAUUAAAUGAAAAAAAAAACAAUAAGUAAUUUAUAAAAAAUAAUUUUUACACAUAUCAAAACAAUAAUACUCUACUAUCAAUUCGAAAACCACUAACCAAUAAUAAUGAUGAAAAAAAGAAAAAUAUUUCAAUGCAAGCAAAUAAUGAUUCUGGACAAUCUUAAACAGAAUUAUAAAAAUAAGAAAUGUUUUACAAAAAUAGUUAAUUUUUUUUAAAAAUGUCAGUUUCGAAUAAUAUCUAAAAAUAACACUUAAAUAAAAUAAGUGCAUCAUAUACAACACCCUGUGUGAAUAAAAUAGAGGAUAUUUUAAAACCAGAAACUUAAAAUAAUUAAGAAUUAAGUAUUUCUUAAUAAAUACUAAUUAAUUAAACUAUUAUUCCAAACUAUAAUUAAACCCAAUAUUCAAUAAAAUAAAAUGGAAUUAUUUCUUGUUAUGCUGCAAAUACUAACUAAGGUUUAAUCAGAAAUUAUAAUGAAGACAGAAUUACGAUAAUUUUAAAUAUGAAAAAACCAUCAAUAAAUACUGAAAUUGAUAAUUGGCCAAAAUGUUCCUUUUUUGGAAUUUAUGAUGGACAUGGAGGAUUUUCAUGUGCUGAUUUUUUAAAAGAAAAUUUACAUAAUUAUGUCAUUAAUGAUUCUAAUUUUCCUAAUAAUAUUAAUUAAGCAAUUUAGAAUGGUUUUUAAUAAGCAGAAAAAAAUUUUCUUAUAAAAGCUUAUAAAAACGAAAUUGUUGUGGAUAGAUCAGGAUCUUGUGCAAUAGUGGUAUUUAUUGUAGACGAUGUUUGUUAUGUAGCUAAUGUAGGAGAUUCUAGAGCUAUUAUGAGCUAUAAUAAAGGAAAAUAAAUUUAUGAAUUAUCAUAAGAUCAUAAACCUUUAAAUUAAAAUGAGUUUAAAAGAAUAAAAGAAAACGGAGGUUAAAUAUAUUAGUAAUUUUUUUUGAGUUAGUUUAAUAAAUAGUAUGGACCUUAUAGGGUAUUACCAGGCCGUUUAUCUGUUACAAGAGCAUUUGGUGAUGUAGAAGCUAAAUUAAGUAAACUUGGAGGUAAUUAAAAUGUUAUAAUUGCAAUACCAGAAAUUUAAUAAUUUAAAAUUGAUAAAAAUUGUGAUUUUAUUAUAAUAGGAAGUAUUUUUUAAAUAUAAAAUAAGAUUAAAUUAUAUUAUAAAAAAGGUGAUGGAGUUUAUGAUAAAUUAAAUAAUUAAGAUAUUAUAAAUUGUGUUUGGAAUUCUUAAUAAACUGAUUAUCUUUCUUUUAAGGAUUAUACAAAAAUAGCUAUAGAUAAUUUAUUUAAAUUUACUUUAGGAAAAAAUAGUAUUGAUAAUAUUAGUGUUAUUUUAAUAGGUUUUAAUAAUUUUGCUAAAUUAAUAUAAGAAAAACAUGAUAAAUAAAUAUAAAAAGUAGCAUUAGAAGUAAAACAGAAUAUUGAUUUUAGUAUGUAUAGUAAAGUUGUAAAAAUGAAUAGUUAAUAAAGGUUUUUUACAUAAAUGUGA